CAAAAAAAAAAAAAAAAAAUCAGACAACAUGACCAACACGAACGGAACCAAACGUGCCACCAAGAACACCAGACUCUUCAACACAGAGUCAUCAAAACUAUCCGACUUCCAGCAAGUCUGCUCCCGCACCACCGACCCAGCAGAUUAUCCACUGGCAUCCUCCAUCACGCAUCGCAUCCCCAUCUAUGAGAUUACCAAAUUCGACCCAGCAAACCCAUCAACCACAUCCGCCCUCCAGGAUGAAUGGUACGAUAUCCUCUCCACGGGCCCGGGCGUCUUUGUCUUGAAGGGCAUGUACGAUCCAGCCAAAUACGAACAAACCCUCACCGCAACGAAUGAAUCGUUCAAGCGCAUAAUAACCCAUGAGAACAACGACCCCACCAAGCCCAAAGGCGAUCAUUUCGCGGCAUCGGGGAAAAAUGAUCGCAUUUGGAACUCAUUCGGGAAGCAUGCCCUGGACGAUCCUGACUCGUUCCUUCACUACUAUGCGAAUCCCUGGCUAGAAUCUGUCAGCGAGGCAUGGCUCGGUCCCGGGUACCGCGUCACAGCGCAAUGCAAUAUCGUGAAACCAGGUGGGAAAGCACAGGAUAGUCACCGGGACUAUCAUCUCGGUUUCCAGGAUCUAGGUGCUUGCGAGCGGUUUCCGAGGGGCUUGCAUUUGGCAAGUCAGUACUUGACGCUGCAGGGUGCAGUUGCGCAUAGCGAUAUGCCCGUUGAGAGUGGGCCGACGAGGUUCUUGCCAUUUAGCCAGGGAUACGAAAUUGGGUAUCUUGCGUGGAGGAAGGAGGAGUUUCGGGAGUUUUUCCAGGAGAAAUAUGUUGCGUUACCGCUUGCACUAGGUGACGGUGUUUUCUUCAAUCCUGGCUUAUUCCAUGCAGCAGGUGCGAAUGAGUUACCUGCUGAGAGUGCGUUCCACCGCAAGGCGAAUCUGUUGCAGGUUAGCUCUGCAUUUGGGAAGCCGAUGGAGACCGUUGAAACGGUCCCUGUUAUACGGAGUUGCUGGGAGGGUCUGACGAAGAAGUUUAAAGAGGCUGGAGGGGUAGAUGAGGAGCUGAGGUUGUUGGUCAAGGCGAUUGCGGAGGCGUAUCCAUUUCCGACGAAUUUAGAUAAGAGGCCGCCUGCACCGAGUGGAAUGGCGCCGGAGAGUGAGCAGGAUAUUGUGAUCAGAGGGUUGGAGGGAGGGUGGACUGGGGAGGAUGUGGUUAAGGAAUUGUUGAAGAUGAAGGAGGAUUCUAAGUAGUGUCUAUGUGAUUGAUUUAGGGCUAGCCAGCGGAAGGGAAUUUUCGAAUAAAACGAACAUGCGACAUCACCUGUCAUCCCUUUCCACCUGAAAGGGAAAAGGGAAUUACUGCAGAAUGACUGACGUUGUUACUUAUCCC